AAAAAAUAAUACAAAAAAACUCUCAAUUCUCUCUCUCUCUCUCUCUCUCUCUCUCUAGAUUUGUAUGUACGUUCGUUGUGUGUGAUCAAUAUACUGCAUCUUGCCAAAUUAUUCAUCAUCUGUCGAUUGAUCAGAAAUCAUCAGACACCCUAUAAUUAUCGAAACCGUUCGUUUAUUAUCUGUCAUCUCUAUCUAUCUGAAACUCUCUCGGAUCCAUGGGAAAAAUAACGACAAUUAGAGACAUCCUAGGAGUCAUCAAAGAUAAGGCAUCCUUAUCCAAAGCAGCCCUACUCUCAAAAUCCAACGUUUCGCUUCCUCUCCGCCUAGCCAUCCUCCGUGCUACCUCACACGCGCCACCAGCGCCGCCAGAUGACCAUAACCUCUCAAACAUCCUAUCUCUUGGAAACAGCUCACGUGCCACCGCCUCAGCUGUCAUCACCGCCCUCAUGGACCGCCUGAACGCCACUAGCAACUGUUAUGUUGCCAUCAAGUCACUUAUGAUUAUUCACCACAUCAUUAAGCGUGGUCCCUUUAUACUUCAAGACCAGCUUUCAGUAUUUCCCGCAGCCGGUGGCCACAAUUAUCUAAAACUCUCCGCCUUCCGCGACGGAGCCACUGCUGAAACAUGGGCUCUCUCUGCAUGGGUUAGAUGGUAUGCACGUUACUUGGAAACCCUACUUUUCACUUCUAGGCUUAUGGGUUAUUUCAUCUGUUCAUCAUCAAACGGCAUGAUUAAAGACAAUCAAGAAGAAACAAUCUCAUGUUCGUCGAACGUUGACUUGAUUAAGGAGGUAGAUUCUCUGAUUUUACUGAUUGAAGAAAUGUGCAAAGCACCUGAUCCUACCCCAGUUGAAGGUAACAUUUUGUUAAACGAAGUUAUGGGAUUAUUGGCUAAUGAUUAUUUAUCAGCAGUUAAUGAAAUUUUGUUAAGACUCGGUGAGUUCAAGGAGAGACUGAGUUGUCAGACUUUCGGUGACUCGGUUGAGUUAAUAUGUGCACUGAAGAGGUUAGAAAAUUGUAAAGAUAGAAUAUGGGCCCUUUUUGCCAUUAAGAAGCCUUCGAUUGAUAUGUUAUGGGGUUUGUGUGAAGAAUUGAAAGAUGGGAUUGGGGUGUUGAAGGUGUACAAAGAAGGUGGGAAAUUACUGCGUUCGAGGAGGGGAGAGAAGGCAAGCGAGUCCGAUCGGUUAGAACAGCGAGUUUUGAAGUAUGCUGACUCGGUCCAAUCGUAAAGUUAGCUUGCUUUGUUGAAUCGAAUUUGUUGUGAUUUUCGAUGAUAAAAUAUUAUGUAAAUUAAAAUAUAAUUGGGAAAAGUGGAUAGAUAAUAUUUUAGUAAUAGCUGUUUUUGGUCAACGUAUAGGACCACUUUGGAUUAACAAGUAUAAAAGUUUCUUAUGAAA